AUGUCUCUUCCCACUCAGACUCGCCAAUGGGUGCUCAACCGCCAGAUUGUCGGUGAACCCGUCCUCAACGGCCCCGAUGCCACCUUUUCUAUGAAGACGGUCGAUCUGCCUCCGGUUCAGGAUGGACAGGUCCUCCUCCGCACCAAGUUCCUCUCCAACGACCCCGCCCAGCGCGGCUGGAUUUCGCCCAUCGAGUCGCCCGAUCGCCUCUAUGUUCCGCCCGUCCAACCCGGCGAGACGAUGCGCGCCGGCGCCAUCGCUGAAGUCAUCGAGUCCAAGGCCGCGUCGCUGCCCAAGGGUACGCUAGUGCAAACAUAUCAGGCGGGUUGGGCGGAAUACCUUGUCCAGGAUGCUGCCGCUUUGCAGCCUCUCCAAAAUAUCCCUGGUGUCUCGCCGACACACUACUUGGGCGCGCUUGGCAUGACUGGUCUGACGGCAUACUACGGCACGAAGAUCAUCGCGGCUGCAAAGCCCGAGGAUGUCCUUAUCGUCAGCGGUGCCGCUGGUGCUACCGGGAGCAUGGUUGUGCAGAUUGCCAAGAAGCUCGUUGGCUGCAAGACGGUCAUUGGCAUUGCGGGCAGUGAUUCGAAGUGCGAGUGGGUAAAGAGCCUUGGCGCCGACGUCUGCCUCAACUACAAGUCUCCUACUUUCAAGCAGGAUCUCAUCGACGCAACCCCUAACUACGCGAACGUUUAUUUCGAUAACGUGGGCGGAGAGAUCCUCGACCUCGUGCUAUCUCGCAUGGCGCAGGAGGGCCGGGUUGCCCUGUGCGGUGCCAUUUCCACUUACAAUGGCACUUCGGGUCUGCAGCUGAACAAUUGGCUCGACGUCAUCUCCAUGAGGCUCCAGCUGAAGGGCUUCAUCGUGCUCGACUGGGUCAAGCAGGGCAAGGCGAAGGAGAGCAUCACCGAGCUCGUGAUUGCGGCCAAGGAGGGCAAGAUCAAGAUCAGCGACGAGGGCGAGACGGUUGUGGCUACGCAGUUCGAAGACAUCCCGACGACCUGGAUGAAGCUGUUCGACGGCUCCAACACGGGUAAGCUGGUGUCCAAGCUGUGA